GCAGGAGGCGCGGGCCCAGGCCCAGGCCCGCCUUCUGCACACAUCAGCCCCAGUUCGCACGUCAAUGUGCGUCAGCCGGGAUAACAUGAUGCCUCCUGCAACGGCCGGCACCUUGUAGCUUUUUUUUUUUAAUUUCCCUUUUGUUGUCUCCGAGGCCGGUGAGAUUGCGCUCUCGCCUCCCCUCCCCUCCCUGCCAGACCCUCCCGCUCAGACUCCCGCUUCCCGCGGCCCACGGCUCCCGUCCUCACCCCUCACCUCCGGGGAGAGGCGGAAUGAACUUGUUUCCCAGCGUGUAGUUGCCUCCUCGCCCGGCCCCAGCAUGGUCAUGGCGGAUUGUCCGGGCAAACUACACCGCGGUCCCGUCCGGGUUGGCUUCUACGAUAUCGAGCGCACUCUGGGCAAGGGCAACUUCGCGGUCGUUAAACUGGGCCGACAUCGCAUCACCAAGAGUGAGGUGGCAAUAAAAAUAAUUGACAAGUCUCAACUGGAUGCUGUGAACUUGGAGAAGAUAUACAGAGAAGUUCAAAUAAUGAAGCUGCUGGAUCAUCCACACAUCAUCAAACUCUACCAGGUCAUGGAGACCAAAAAUAUGCUGUAUCUUGUAACUGAGUAUGCCAAAAAUGGAGAGAUCUUCGAUUAUUUGGCGAACCACGGGCGGCUGAGUGAGCUGGAGGCCAGGCGCAAGUUCUGGCAGAUUCUGUCGGCCGUGGAAUAUUGUCACAACCGCAAGAUCGUGCAUCGGGACCUGAAGGCUGAGAACCUGCUGUUAGACAGCAGCAUGAACAUUAAAAUCGCAGAUUUUGGUUUUGGCAACUUCUACAAACCAGGGGAACCUUUGGCCACAUGGUGUGGAAGCCCACCGUACGCGGCCCCAGAGGUCUUUGAAGGACAGCAAUACGAGGGACCUCUACUGGACAUCUGGAGUCUCGGAGUGGUCCUCUAUGUGUUGGUUUGUGGAGCUCUACCCUUUGAUGGUCCAACACUUCCAGUGCUCAGGCAGAGGGUUCUGGAAGGCAGGUUUAGAAUUCCAUACUUCAUGUCUGAAGACUGUGAACAUCUCAUUCGACGCAUGCUGGUCUUAGACCCUUCCAAAAGACUCACAAUUAGCCAGAUAAAGGAGCACAAAUGGAUGCUGGCUGAAGUCCCAGUGCAGAGACCAGUUAUAUAUCCGCAACCCAGUGAGAAUGAAGUCAGCAUGGGCGAAUACAACGAACAGGUUCUACGACUAAUGCACAGCCUGGGGAUCGACCAGCAGAAAACUAUUGAGUCUUUACAGAACAAGAGCUAUAACCAUUUUGCUGCUAUCUAUUAUCUUUUGGUGGAGAGACUAAAAUCUCACAGAAGCAGUUUCCCUGUAGACCAGAGAUUGGAUUCUCGUCAACGGCGGCCAAGCACAAUUGCAGAGCAAGCUGUUGCCAAGGCAAAUACUGUGGUUCCUCAGGUGAACCUUCUGUCACAGAACAUCCGGCUGUUGAGGUCUCCUGUCCUGCCCCAAUCCUCUGCUGUAGAUUCAUUCACUUUUCUCCAGACCACAUGCCAACCAGAAUUGGGCUUCAUGGAGGAAGAUGUGAACACUCCUAAGGUGAACGGUUGUCUCCUUGAUCCUUUGCCUCCAUCAAUAUCAAGGAAAGGAUGUCCACCAUCUCCCAGCAACAUGAUGGAGACAUCUAUUGACGAGGGCAUAGAGACUGAAGAUGACUCUGAGGAGGAUCCAGCCCAGGUCUAUGCGUCGUUUCAGGCAAUGCGCUGUGGCCAGAGACGGCACACUCUCACUGAGGUCACCAACCAACCAGUAUUGUUGCCCGGCACAGGGAAGCUGUUGACUGUCUGCAAUAACCCGUCCUUGGGCAGUGUUGAUUCUGAAUACGACAUGGGACUGAUGCAUGGGGAGCUCAGCAUCCUGGAGGACACCCCACCGCUGGCGGACGUACUUGCCAACCAGCCGCUGUCACGGAUCACCCCGCCUCUGGUUGGCAUCAAACCACCAUACCCGGCAAUGGAGGCACUGACGUCACAGAAACGCGAGAUGCACAACAGGUCGCCCGUCAGCUUCCGAGAGGGUCGAAGAGCUUCCGACACGUCGCUAACACAAGGUAUCGUCGCCUUCCGCCAGCAUCUCCAGAAUCUGGCCAGAACCAAGGGGAUUCUGGAACUGAACAAGGUGCAGUUGCUUUAUGAACAGAUGAACUCUGAUGUGGAUCUUGAUUCUCUACCAGCAGCGCAUUUACAAAGCCUCCUCACCACCCACCACCAGGAUGAAGCUUUCCGACCGCAGGAAAAUGUAGCAUUAUUCCCCAACGGAGUGCAUCCCCACUUGUUGUCAAGACGUCAGAGCCUCGAGACACAUUAUUUACAGAACCGAAUGCCGAACCCAACCUUACUGACUAAAGCACAAAACAGCUGCCCGAUGUAUUGCAAGGAAUCCCGUAGCCUGGAGCAACAACUGCAGGAGCGCAGGUUGGAACUGAAGCGCAUGUUUCUCCAAAAACAGUCGCAGCUCCAGGCUUAUUUCAACCAAAUGCAGAUUGCAGAAGGUUCCUACCCUCACCAAACUCAGCAAAUGCCUGCAGCUCACCCUGAAGCCCAGCAGCAGCAGUUCAGUAUACCCCGACCUCUAAGCCCCAUGCUGGAGCCCCAAAAUCAGAUGCAGUGUGACCCGUUCCUCAGCCAGCACUACAAUCUGCAGCUUUCCCUGCAACAAGUGGGGCCGGUGCAGCAAGCAGCGCAGCCUCCACUGCAGCCCCUGGAUCAGCACCAACAACUCCUGCAGUUCCCUUACCAGCCUUGUGAUGUGGUUGGACCCACUGCCCCAGAGCUGGGUUACCCAGAACAAUGUCCCUACACUCUCAACCAAACCCAACACCUUGCCCUGCCCUUGAAUGAAAGUCAGGCCAACAAGGUUGCUGCUGAUUUACCAGAGACCUACAAGAACAUGACUCUCCCUGAACUGCCCGCGCUCUUUGAUUGUGAGAUGAUGGAGACAGUUGAUAGCCAACAUGGAGGCUAUGUCCUGGUAAACUGACUGAAAUAGAUUUUCAGUGUUACUUCAACAGAGAGGAGGGUUGACAAGAAGAGAAAUGGAAGUCAAUUUAGUUUGUACAUUUCAAGAAAACACUAAAAUUGAUGACUUGUUUUCCAUCUUAAAGCAUAGCUAGAAGAAUGGAAAUCAACGGUGUAGAAUUGGCUCAGGCCAGAUCUCAUUUGUUGAAACAAUCGUCACGUGGUUCUGUUGGCCCCUGGUGCUGAGAAGACGAGAGGCAGGAGAGGCAAGUCUUAAAAAAAAAAAGCAAAUGCACUUUCCUAAAAAUGGCCCCAACCAAUGUACCAGAUAACAAGCAGGCAACACUACAUUGGAAGGGCACAGAAGCAGAACAAUUGGUUCUGCCAACAAAGCAAUACGUCGCCAGGAAAGCUGGAGUUUAAGAGCUUACCAUCCAAACGAAAAGUUGUCACUGAACACCCAUGUACCUCCCUCACCCCUGGCCAAUGCAAUCUACAUGGACAGACUGGGAAAUGGGAUGCCCUACACUGUGGAGCACAGCAAAUAGAGUAACUGAGAGUGCUUCUCUGACACUGAGGUCUGGACAUUGUAAUCAUCCCAGAUCACUGAAACCAAUGCUCAACGCUUUCAUUUCUCACCAGAGGUUGUUGCUAGAUUACAGUUAGCAUUUUAGGAUGGAAGUUUAAAAAAAUAUAGAAUUGUUGAAAAGUGCCUCCUGCAGGGGCAUUUUAUCUCGAAUACCUCCGGAUUCCCAAGGAGGUGAUUAAUGUGAUAGUACUCGUUCAGUGUUUGCUUUUCCAAGGAAUAAUUCAUUGUAAUUUUGAAUAUGAGUUGCUGGUUGUUUAUUGAAAGCUUUGUACACUUUACCUAGGGUUUUAGAAGUUAUAUGAGAAAUAAGCUUUUGAAACAAACUGUUGCGUGAAGUGUGAUGUGCUGUGCCUUUUUUGCUUCAUUUAAUUUAAAAGUAAAAGAAACACAUUUCUGGAAAAUAGUUUGGAUAAACAAUGCCCCAUUUAUACUGGCAGGUUAACCAAAGUCACUUCAGAGUCUCUACUCCUGGGUCCGCCGUGUGGAGUCAGGACAAGGUCUUGCUUUGUGUUGAAAUCGAUCUGUAUGUAAAGAGUAAAAAGCAAUAUUUAUUAAAUGUUUUCAAAAAAUGAUUGUACCAUACAUGUACUGCGACGGGCGUUUUGUGUACCAUCAGAAUAAUCUCACUUCUCUUCCUCUUGUUGAAGUAUUGUACAGGCAGCAAAUGCUGAUGAUGCACUGGUCAGGGUAUAUUAGUUUGCGUGACCACGUGGUCUAGAAUUUAGGUCAGUCGGACCUCCUGGAUACAAUGACCCUCAUAAUUGCCAGUUUAUCAUUGACAAUUGGCAUUUUACCUUGAUGAGUUAACACUAUUGAAACUGCAGUCUGGAUAAUCACACCUCAACCUUCUCCCCCUGGGAUUUAAAUGCAAGAUCUCUGAGCAGGCUGCACCAAGCAGCAGGCCUGGUAGGCGCAACACAGAUGCAUGCCUCCGGCGCAUGUCAAAUGCUUCGUGACGCUGUUUUAUUUUAUUUGCAAUGUUCCACUGCGUCAGAUGACCAACAGAGCACUGUCUCUGUUGCUUUCUAAGUUCCGGAGUUUUGCAAAAAAUCAAUAAGGCAUUAUCCUCGCUCCUAGGCUCAUGCUGCUCUCUUUCAUUCCGCUUUUCUUGUCCCACUUUCAAUCGCAUUCAUUGACUUUCUAGUCAGACAGGGUGGACAGAGGCAGGCUGUUUGCCCGUGCAGUGUCCUGGAGUAAACAGUACCUGUGUUAGUCCUCCCUCCUCCACACCUCCUUCUCUACCCAUUCCUCCCAUCACCAUCACCUGGACUCCAUUGACAGUAGAAAGAUGAAUUCACGCCAUGUGUCUUCAAGACCUCCUGUGGAAUUCUGGGACCAUUCACACCCUCAAGGAGACAAGAGGAAGCCCUCUGGGCCGCCGCUCUGCUGCCUUCAGGUCAGUGGUGGGGCUGACCCAUUGGAUUCCCCUUUCUCAGUCAGAAUCUCCUCUCCACUCUUUCACUCCAAUCCUAGGCUGAAGGUGAGAAAAGUCCAGACUUCAAAUCACAACCUGCUCCUUUCCAAAACCCUUUCCCACUAUCUGACAAUCAGAUACCAAAUCCUGUGUGAUAAUGCAUUUGCUUUACUUUAUUUCUCUCAGCAAUCAAUAUUACUAUAAAACAUUCUUAAUGUGUUGUUCAACACCAAUGUUACAGGAGAGGAAUUUAAUUUAUUGUGUUUACUAACAACCUUGUUCCAUACACUCAGUACAAUAUGAGUUGGCUUUGGCUGUGACAACACAAAUCAUUUGAGAAAGAUGUAAUUGGUCUGUAGCAUCAAUCAGUGACACAGCCCUGGCUGCACUGGGUAAUAAUAUUCUCUGGAUUAUUGAACGCUGCAGUUUAAUGUGUAAACUUCAAAACAGAUAGGUUUGAAAUUAGACCCGAACAGUGCUGCAAAAUGACCAGCAUCUGUGAGAUGUGAACAGCCUUUCUCUGAGCCUUUGGUUCCUCAGCCACUUGUUACCUCAUGAUAUUAAAGCUGUUUAAUGUGAGUGAAUACCCAACAUGUCCCCCAGUGUGCAGCCAGUGAGCUGAUGCCCGUUCUAUACUCAAUCUCCACAACAUGUCCAGCUGAAACUCAGUUUCAUCGACCCACACCCCACACCUGCACCCGCAUAGCGGUAGUCACAGCACUUCACAUCAGGAGCAGAUGACACAGUCCAUGGAUUUAUCCAGAGACAUUCACCAUUCUCCUCAGCCAGGGGGCAAGAACCUGUCCCUUGGUUUUCAUCUUCAACUUGUUUUCAAGAGACAAAAGAAGUCUAUUAUCUGAUUUCUGAUUUUGCUGUAGGAAGUGUUUUUACCUUUGUGAUUUUUUUCAUUCAAUUAAUACUUUGAAGAGACUUUGGUGCAAUGUAUAAAGGGUAAAGGUAUACAUGGAGAUACGUGCAAUAUGUGUGGUACAUAGGAUGCAUUCUGUUAAAUAGUUGAUGCUUCAGAAAUGCACUAGGUUCUAUACGCUCUUGAUGUAUGGAAAAAGCUGCUUUUUUACAAUUUGGUAAUUAAACAAUAGUGUUGUUUCUACGAUAAAGAGUGUGAUACACCUUAUGGACCUUGUGAAGAAAAGAACACUCUGGAUACAAUGAAGAACUGUGUUAUAAUCGUGUGAUACUGCCUUUUUCUGUCUGUAACUCGAAAGGAGAGAGUCGGCAGUCCCUGGUACCUCAAGAGCAAGUUUUUGUACGACUAUGAAACAAUGAGAGAGACACUUUUUUUGAACUAUAUGGCAGACUUCUGCACCAGACCACUGGAGAAGAUGCUGAGAUUAUGGCAGUUUGAUAAACAAUCUUUGUACUGUUAACCAAAGGAUAAGUUAAACAGGUAACUUCAAGGAUCUAACUAAAUGCAGUUCAUGUAUUGGUCCAAAUCCCAGUUUGAUUGAAGCAAGAAUAAAGGCUGUAGUGUU